AUGCCUGCCGUCGGCCGCCCGGGUGUAUCUGAAAAGGUGGUUGCACAACCAACUGGCGAGGAGAAGGCAUACGAAGUCAAACUCUGGCUACUGUCAAAGCUGAAGGAGGCAGCUGUGAUAUCGGAAUCCGCUGUGCUCGAAAAAUUCAACCAGACCGUUGGGACUGCUGCUGCUCGGUAUCUCAGGGUCUGGGUAGCAGUCAAGACACUAUCAGCGGUCCUGGACAAACUGAACUGGGAUGCUGAACUGCUGGUAGCCGAUGUUCGCGGGAUGUCAAAGAGAGAUAUAUGGCCAACCCAAGCGCCAACGAGGGAGAAGCAUCAACGAGAGACAAGCAUUAACGAGGGGCUCGAAGAAGCACCGGCACGAACGAGGGAAUCGGGUCAUUGA